GUGCAAAUCCUCGCGGACGACGGGGCUUCCCUGGACCUGAAGGACGACGAAGGAUGGGAUGUGCUGAUGUGGGCGGCGCUGAGUGGCCACUUUGAGAUUUGCGAGCUCCUGGUCGGCACCUUCCACAUGUCGCCAGACUAUGCCACCGAGAAAGGAGAGACGGCGUUGAUGAAGGCAGCGGCGAACGGCCAUUGGGACGUGUGCGAGUUCCUGAUUACGGAGGGGGCCAAG